UGUUAUUAUUUGAAGCUACACUGUAACAAGUGGGCUUGACAGUUGGUUGUUAACGCGCUGCUGGUUGCCACGAAGGUCAGCUGCAGAUAAAAUGGCUUUCCUAAUGAAAUUCUGCACUUUGAUCGUGAACGUGUUAUGCUUGCCUCUUCAUCUGCUCCAAGCUGUCGGCCUGUAUGAAAUAUACAAACGUUUCUUCCCUUUCUGUGUAUACCGGAUUUCAAUAACGUACAACAAGAAAAUGCACGACAAGAAGAAGGAGCUGUUUCGCAGUCUCCCCGAGUUCAACAAGCCUGGAGGGCAGCUCACUAUUCUGGAGAUCGGCUGCGGCUCCGGCACUAAUUUUGAAUUUUAUCCGCCGGGUAGCAAGGUGAUCUGCACUGACCCCAACCCUCAUUUUCAGAAGUAUCUGAAGAAAACCAUGGCCGAGAAUGACCACCUCAAAUAUGAGAGAUUUGUGGUGGCGUCAGGGGAGGACAUGGGGUCAAUUGAGAGCGAGUCGGUAGACGUUGUUGUCGCCACCCUGGUGCUCUGCUCGGUCAGCAACACGCCCCAGGUCCUGAGAGAGGCAUACCGCAUGCUGAGACCAGGUGGAGCCUUCUUUUUCCUCGAGCACGUUGUUGCAGAUCCCUCCACUUGGUCGUACUUCUUCCAGCAUGUUCUGCAGCCUGCAUGGUACUACUUUGGCGAUGGAUGUGAGGUCACCCGGGAAACAUGGAAACCCUUGGAGGCAGCUGGAUUCUCUGAGCUCAAGCUGAGACACAUCGAAGCGCCGCUCAUGUUCAUGAUCAAACCCCACAUCAUUGGCCAGGCUGUGAAAUAAAUCCUGUCUCAGUAGCUUUGUAGUAAGCUUGCUUCACAAGCAGUGUAUGAAUAUGCCAAGCACUUAAUGCCUCUCCUCUCCCUUGUGAUAUGAUUGAUCACCAGUGAUAGAGAUGACACCAGUCACUUUGAUACUAAUUUUUAUUUUUGUAUUGGAAAACAAGUGUUUGUGUUUUUGUAAAGACACUUUAUUUUUUAACACACUGAAGACAUUAGAGAGCACAGAAGAUUCAUUUUGUAAGUGUUUGAUCUCCUUUUUGUCCUUUCCCUUCUCUAAGUUGCUUGCCAAUAUAUGAAUAUGAUACUGCCAUAGAUAAUCAGUGUUUGUGUGUGACUGCUGGAUUCAUUUGUACCUUUUAUGACCUGACAGUAUAUAUAUCUAUUUUUGCUGUUAUUAAUCUGACUGUGUUGUGUCUUAAUGUGUGCGAUUAAAGAGUUAAUCCU